CGAGGCGGGAAGGAAGGAUCGAAGUAGAAGAGGGCGAGGGAGUAGGCGCUUGGAAUUCUGAGGUUGUGGUGAGCAUCCUUCUCCAUCUCCGCAAGCUUUUGGAAGUGUCAUCCCUUCAAGGUGGAUGCCCUGAAAAGUCAAUGUGAUUAUGGCAUUACCAACAUCAGAAUACACCAUUGGGGGAGUAAAAAUUCUCUUCCCAUGUAAGGCUUAUCCAUCACAACUUGCUAUGAUGAACGCAAUUGUGAAGGGGCUCAGCUCCAAGCAGCACUGCCUGUUGGAGAGUCCGACUGGAAGCGGGAAGAGCUUGGCGUUGCUCUGCUCUGCUCUGGCUUGGCAGCGGUCGCUCUCUGAAAAACUGCCUGAUGCCUUAUGCUCAAAGGACUGCAAGAAAACAGAGGUGUUGAAGCUGUGUCACUGCCUGUGCCAUGCUAAAUUCUCCACUCAGGAUACAGAAGGAGGCAGCCAGAAUACUUCUUCUUUCUUCCCCAGCAGUGCAGCGGAGACCCCCCCAGGCAGUGGGAGUAUCUCAAGAAACAGAGAGGGUGUCUCAAGAAUUACACUGGCUUCGAAACUGUCUGCCAAAAAACAAGCCUCAUUCCACGAAGAAGACGACAGUGAUUUUAAAAUAGACAGGAAAAGGAUUCGUUCACUCGAAAUGGAGCAGCAGGCGAGAAAACGACACCGGCUGGCCCAAGGAACACAGCUAGUUGAUGCUUUGGAAGUUUAUGAACAGCAGAAAAAUGGAGAAUUGACUGUGACUUUGGGAAAAAGUGUCCCUUUGUCACUUAAAACAUUACAGCCUUCCAGUCCCUGCACUAAGUGUUCCUGUUCCUCCCUUGAGCAAACUGUCAAAGAUACUGCUGAUGCAAAGAAGGAAAAUGGAGGGAAGGCACUGAUCCCCAAAAUAUUUUUUGGAACCCGAACUCACAAGCAAAUAGCUCAGAUUGUUAAGGAGCUGCAGAGGACGGCCUACUCAAGCGUUCGCAUGACCAUUCUUUCGAGUAGGGACCAUUCUUGUGUCAAUCCAAGAGUCUCCCGAGGCAGCAACAAGAAUGAAAAAUGUGUAGAGCUGCUAGAAGCAAAAAAUGGCGUGUCUUGCUCUUUUUAUCACGGAGUCCACAGGCUUAGCGAGCAUCUCUUGAUACAGUCUGCCCAUAAAGACUACCGGGCCUGGGACUUGGAAGAUCUGGUGAGCCUGGGAAAGAGACUCCGAUCCUGUGCCUACUUUGCCGCUCGGGAGCUAAUGGUGGACGCUGAGAUUGUGUUCUGUCCUUACAACUACCUUUUGGACUCUCAAAUAAGAGAAAGCUUGGAAAUUAAGUUGAAAGACCAGGUGGUGAUUUUAGACGAAGCUCAUAAUAUUGAGGACUCCGCGCGGGAGUCAGCCAGCUAUAGUGUGACGGAAGAGCAGCUCAGAUUGGCUCGAGAGGAGCUGGACACUAUGGUGAACCACAACAUUAGGCGGGCGGACCACGAGCCCUUGCGUGCCGUAUGCCUCAGCCUGACAAACUGGUUAAGGAAAGCCUGUAGUCAGCUGAUCGAGCGAGGUUAUGAGACCUCUAGUAAAGUGUGGAGUGGAAAUCAAAUGGUGACAUUUCUGCAUCAAAUGGGAAUAACAAAUGCUACAUUUCCCAUCUUACAGAAACAUUUUCUUGCCGUGCUUGAAAAGGAAGAAAAGAUCCAGGGGGGAGAAGAGAUGGUUUCCAUUCCAGUUAUAAGUCCUUCAACUCAGGUUGUCCUAAAAGGUCUAUUUAUGGUCCUCCACUAUCUUUUUAAAGAAAAUCACAGGUUUGCUGAUGAUUACCGAGUUGCCCUGCAGCAAACCUACGUUUGGAUGAAUGAAAAUCCACCUGAUGCUCCGGAUAAGGAUGGUUUCUUAGUCCUCUCCAAAAAAAGAUCACAACACAAAAUGGCCGUUCAUAGCCUCAACUUCUGGUGCUUGAAUCCCACAGUGGCCUUUUCUGAUUUAAGUAGUGUGGUCAGAUCCAUCGUUUUAACCUCAGGGACACUUUCUCCAAUGGACUCCUUUUCAUCUGAGCUUGGGGUGAAGUUUUCCAUUCAGCUUGAAGCAAACCAUGUUAUCAGAAAUUCACAGGUCUGGAUUGGCACCAUCGGAGCCGGCCCGAAACACAGGCCCUUAUGCGCGACUUUCCAGCACACCGAAACCUUUGAAUUUCAGGACGAAGUGGGCGAGCUCCUGCUUUCGGUUUGUCAGACGGUGGGACAUGGAAUUUUGUGCUUUUUGCCAUCUUACAAGAUGUUAGAUAAACUGAAGGAUCGCUGGCUACACACCAGCUUAUGGGAGAAGCUUGAGUUGGUUAAAACGGUCAUUGUGGAACCCAAAGGCAGUGACAAAGCUGAUUUUGAUGGGCUGCUGCAGAUAUACUACGAUGCCAUCAAAUGUCAGAAAGACAGAGGCGGAGCACUUCUUAUUGCUGUGUGCAGAGGCAAAGUUAGUGAAGGUUUGGAUUUCUCUGAUGACAACGCCCGGGCGGUUAUCACCAUUGGAAUUCCAUUUCCAAACGUGAAGGAUCUUCAGGCAGAAGGCUGGACUCUCGCCACAUUUGUGAAAGGGGACAGCUUGCAUCUAUUCGCAGUUGUGGUGGAGCUGAAAAGGAAAUACAAUGACCAGCAUUCCAAAGCAAGAGGUCUUUUGCCUGGAAGCCAAUGGUAUGAAAUCCAGGCCUACAGAGCUCUCAACCAAGCCCUUGGCAGAUGCAUUCGCCAUCGAAGUGAUUGGGGAGCACUUAUUUUAGUUGACGACCGUUUUGGAAGGAACCCAAAUAAAUACAUCGCUGGAUUGUCAAAAUGGAUUCGCCAGCAGAUCCGGCACUACGAAGACUUUGACUGUGCCCUUGGCUCCUUAGAUACAUUUGCUAAAAUGAACCAGAAUGGCGCGGGCGCUGCACUUCAGGAUAACAACAGAUCUCUGCUCAUGUCUACAAAUUCAAAGUCUCUGUCACCACUUUCUCUUCUGGAGGGACCUCUUUCUCUGUCACCAGGAGUUCCUCCUGAAAGGGGAGAGCAAGAUACAGUCCUGGAAACAAGUUGUGCUGCAGACAGCAUUGCGAUUCCUCCGGCAGCAUUCGAUUCUCCAUCAUCUUACCAGACAAUAAACCAAAACAAUUUUACAGACUCCAGUUCCAAGGGUUCAGCUGCUGAAAUCAGGAAGGGAAAAGCAAAUGGUCAGUUCUCUGCUGGCAGCAUAAAAAGGUAUUUCAGUAAAACACUGACUUCAACACCUCUGCCAGCAGUAAAGAAGAAUGAUGUCUUCAAGGCUACCAGGCGAUCAGAAAGGGCAAUGGACGAAAGCAGUCACUCUGUUGCAUGUGGACCUCAGCAGAAUAUAUUGUGGGUUGAAGAAGACCAAUCACCUAGAUGGGUGCUGGAUGGGGAAAUGAUUAGCAGUUCUGCUAGAACAAAGAUCAGCUUGGUGACUGAGAAAUAUCCUCAUGAAAAGCAAUUCACUGGACAUAAAGACUGGGAGAAUGUGGUGUCUUCUCCAAGGAGAGCAAAUGUGGAACUUUCCAGGUCAGAUGUAGAUGUCGAAACUGAUGCCGGAGAUGAUAGGAUCUAUUUUACACCUGAACUUUAUGAUGAUGUAGAAUUGGUGGAAGAGAAGAAUGAAGGGUUGAUUCACAAUUACAACAGUACUUUGACUUCCUUUGAAACUGCAAACUCUGUUCUGGUGGAAGAGCUUUGUCAACCCAAUGCUCAAAAGCCAGGAGAUGUCACCUCCAGCUUUAAAGGUGAAGCAGAAGUGGGUGCAGAAUGGUGGGGGGGUUAUGCAGAACAGCCAGAAUAACAAAGGUGCAAUUGAGGCAGCUGGUCAUAAAGUUAGUGUAGAUGAAGCUAAGCAGGAGGCAAAGAGAAGGGAAAACCACCCUUCUGGAUCACAAAGCAAAGGUAUAUCUUGCACUUGAGAAAACAAUCACAGGGUCACUAUUUCUAGUCAAGGUUAGGAAUGGAUUCAGAGAAUCCAUUUUUCAGAAGGCUGGAGGGACAUCAUAAUCAUACUUCAUGUAUAUCUGCCUUAAUAGAAAAAGUUGGGUCAGAAUGGAGAUUGACCAAUAAUGUCCAAAGAUGUUCCACCUCUCCUCCCAUUCUCUUCUGCAACAUUCCAGAAUAGAGGAAGAUGUGACAUGGUGCACUCAUCGGUGUCCCUGUCUCUGCAAGCAUUGGCGAAUGAAGGGGAGCGUCAGCAAGAUGACAAACAUUACCAACCAAUGACGUAUUGGACACAUUCUUAUUACAGAACAUUGCAGAGAAAACAGGAGGAGGCUGGACCAUUCCUUUUGGCAAUAGAUACAUGCUACCAUGGAGAACAACUGGUGUAGUCUUGGGAGAACUCUCCAGAUGUUAAGAGUAUAGGGAGAAAUCACUUGGGUUUUUAUUUCCUCUGCUGCAAACUGAUUGUCCCAUGCUUAUUUUAUUAUUAUGUCUCACUAGCCUAUUUGUAGAAGGAAUCAGGUUUAUAUUAAGUGGUUUAGUGAGAUACCAUUUCCAAAUAAAUGCAGUAUGGCCCAUUUCAUUCACUACUUUUUUUUCUUGUGGUAAGGGGAAAAGUUUAAGGUUAUAUGAGUGUGCAUUCUUCAACAAAAUGUAAUGCUUGCAAAAGAGAUCCAUUGUAGAGUUAGCUUAGUGGCUACCAGCUUAAGGAGACUGAUCGAAACUGAUGUUGGUUUGCUGAAAUUUGGGCCGUGUUCCCAUCCCUAUCCUUUGGCCUCUUUAAACAACCCAAUUUCAUGCGAACUUCACAGUGUGCCUGCCAUGGGACGGGAAAGCUAAACCAAACCAAGUAGCUUUUUUACAGAGGAUGUGUAAAGAAUUCUGUACUCCUACGUUCCAUCAUUCACCAUCUGCUGGGCAAACCAGAAUACGGUGGCAUAAGCAGGUGGCAAUAAUUAUGUAUCAUUUCAUGAGCCUAUCACCAAGCAUAUUUAUAUUAUGAAGAAGGAGAAGUCUCUGCAUUUUUUUGCUAGGAAAACGUACAGCAUGAAUCAGUUCUUUGCUUAUUCACCAGGACUUUAUUGUUUCCUGCAUAAUUACUUUAUUUGUGUAGAAUAUAAAUGAUAAACCAACAUACUCAAAUGUUUCUGGGAGCCCAAUCAGGUCGGAGGCAGUGGAACACAUUACAUAUUUAAUUUAAUUUAAUCUGAUAGUUUUUAAGUAUUUUCUGAUGGUCACGUUUGUUGUCACAUUAAGGCUGAUGAGUCCAUCAGAAAUUAAUCUUAUAAUAGGGAAUGCCACCCCAUAUCCAUUGGUUUGGCAAUAAUGUCCAUCAUGUCCAUAUAUUUCUUCUAAAUAGAACAAAUUAUAAACAAUGCAUCAUAAGAACUUAUAAAUCCAUUAGUACCAAUUUUAGAACAGUUUAUUAACUAUGUUGCAUAAUUUUUCAACAAAAUCUUAGGAGUCUUUUUUUUCUCCCAAACUGUGACAGACUUCCUCCUUCCUUUCAGUCGGUUUGGGAUAAACAUUUUUCUUCUUAAUCCUUGUCAAAUAAAUCAUUGUGGCAUGUUAGAUAUCGACCCGUGAGCUUCAUCAUUUUUCAUUUGCCUUUUUGUAAAAGAUAUAUAAUGAUCAAGUAACUGAAGGAAGGCUUCUUAAGCAUUAGGACGAAAUUGUCUUAAAUAAUAUGUGAUAAUUUGAAUAUAUGUAAGGGAGGGAUUUUUGGUUAUGAAAAAAAAUAGGGAUUUUUGGUUGUGAAAAAAAUUAAUUGAAUCCUGAAUCUAUUGAAGGGCUGAAAGUACAGAGAAUAUAUAAACGAAGAGCCAGGAAACAUGGAAAGAGCCACUAAUAACAGAGUGGCACACCAACAACAGGUAACCUUGAAAAGAAUGUGUAGAUUGAAGAGUAUGAGUGGAAUUAUUGUUGGAAUGAAUGAAUGAACGAACGAACGAACGAACAAAUAUUUUUAUUACAGUCACUGACUGGAAUUAGAAGUAUUGGUUACCCAGUGAGAUCCAUGUUGUAUGGAACAACUCAGUAUGAAACUCUUCAGAUCACAUUAAAUAAAGAUCUCAGUCGAUAAUGUAAGGUGACAUCAGUUCUUUACAAGCUGAGACCUCUUCUGAUGUUCAUGAGUUUCAAGAUUGGAAAUUGGCUGGAAAACAGCUUCCUUCUGCACUGCUGAUAGCCCAAGACGAAACAGAAGAAGCCCAUAGUCCCUCUCCUUCCUUUCUUCACUUUGGGGAUGGGAUGGUGUGAGCUGGGUAGAGCCAUAGUGCAGGAUCUUUGCAUGUGACUUACUUCCAGGUAACCUGGGAAAGGAUUAGGCUGUGGAUUUGGCUCACAUCCCCAAGGUGACUUCUUGAGAAGAGGCAGAGUGCUCUGGGUUGUGCUGAGUCAGUGCCAGGCUUGUGAACAGGGAAGUGUUGUGGAAAAUGCCCCAGUAACAUUUAAGUGCUUGAGACAAUGUUGUGUUUCAUUUUACAAGAACAGCAUACAGCUAACCUAGGAAUGGGCACCCACCAUUGCUACACCCAUUGGUGGCUACUUCCCCCUGGGUUCUCUCGUGUGGAACAAGUCAUCUAGCCUUGUUUCUCAGAUGCCACCCUUGCAGUGCAGGGAAGAACCUCCACAUAGGCUUUUCCUGCAAGAGCUGGACGUCUCACAUUACAGAGGUGUGGCAAAGAAUGGCGUUGCAGGGGCUUUUUAAAAGGAAGGAGCUAUAUGCUCCCUCCACUACCAUUCACUGGGGUCAUUCCUAAAGUUGACUCAGGCUCAUUUUGCAGCAACUUGGGUCAAUCGCUUUCUGUAGCUCCCCAAGAGUAUCCACAGGGAGGGUCAAAAAAGUCAGGAAGAUGAGUGCGUCAUAUGUGUAACACACCUAAAAAAGGGACAAGACCACAUGGCUACAGCCACCAUCUUGACUUUUUGCCCCACCUGCAGGCAUCCUUGUGGCUACCCCAAUUUCUUCAGAAUGGACCUUCUGCUUUGUUGAGAGGACUGCCUUCUUCUUGGCAUUUUUAAAAGCCUUAACAUACAGAUAUUUGAAUUAGAUUGUAAUGGUUGAUAAUUUUGUGUAUGCAUACGCACCUAUGUAUAUUUUCCUGGCUUUUAUUUUGGUUGACAUUUUUACUGUAACAAGUUAUGAGACUUCAGUAGUUGGUGGAAUAAAAA